GACUCAGUCACACUGAACUGCAGGGGCAGAGGAGCGGAGGCGACGCGCCGUGUCCGGCUGCAGCGAUCUCUACUCUCAGGGAAAAAUACGGAUUUAAAGUUGGCGGAUUGUGUAUUUGACUCCUGAAUUUGACGUGGGACAAUUUCGGCUCCCCCGUGGGAUAGUUUUGCUGCAUCUUGCGUGCUUUUGCUUGUGUUACACUUUAGUUUUCUGUACGCGUCUGUCUGUGGAUAUGGACAGGAGAGAGCCCGCUGCAGGGGAAGAAGACACGCCAGUGGAAACCUUCGUCUGAGUGGGGAUUUGAUGAAGCCCUGUCGGCCUUCUUGUGCUUGUGUUCACAGACUUGGAUUUAGAGACGCGGAACCAGGACCUUUGAGUCGUAUUUCUCGCCAGACGCUCGGUUUCAACGACAACGCUGUGCGCGAAACAUGGAAACAGUAGCGCGACAGAGUUUCCAGCCUCACCCGGGACUGCAACAAACUCUCAAACAGUUUCACCUGAGCUCCAUCAGCUCUCUCGGAGGACCGGCCGCUUUCUCGGCCAGAUGGCAACACGACCUACUCUUCAAGAAGGACGGCAAAGACGUCCCGGAGCCCGUGCUGCACCUCCCCCCCAUGCAGCCUCCUCCGGUGAUGCCCGGGCCGCUCUUCAUCCCGUCUGACCGCUCCACCGAGAGGUGCGAGACGGUCCUGGAGGGCGAGACGAUCUCGUGCUUCGUGGUGGGCGGCGAAAAGCGCCUGUGCCUGCCGCAGAUCCUCAACACGGUGCUGCGGGAUUUCUCGCUCCAGCAGAUCAACUCGGUGUGCGACGACCUGCACAUCUACUGCUCGCGCUGCACCGCCGACCAGCUGGAGAUCCUGAAGGUGAUGGGCAUCCUGCCGUUCUCCGCGCCCUCCUGCGGACUCAUCACCAAGACAGACGCGGAGCGCCUAGGAAACGCGCUCAUCUAUGGGGGGACGUACCCGCCGCAUUCCAAGAAGGAGCUGUACGGCUCCAUCGAGCUGGAACUCACCGAGAACAGCUUCAAGAUCUAUCACGAGUGCUUCGGGAAGUGUAAGGGUCUGCUGGUCCCGGAGCUCUACACGAGUCCCAACGCGCCCUGCAUCCAGUGCAUGGACUGCAUGCUCAUGUACCCGACCCAGAAAUUCGUGGUGCACAGUCACAAAUCGCUGGAGAACAGGACUUGCCAUUGGGGCUUUGACUCGGCCAACUGGAGGGCGUAUGUCCUCCUGAGCCCGGAUUACACGGGGAAAGAGGAGAAAGCGCGUCUGGAGCAGCUCCUGGAUGACAUAAAGGAGAAAUUUGAUUUCGCCAAUAAAUACAAGCGGAAAGCAUCACGGGCGUCUGAUCCCAUUCCUGCCAAGAAGUCCAAACACGAUGACUUUCCAGCACAGUCGCCCUCAGGAGACAAAGACAAGCAACCUGAUUGGCUACGAUCCCUCUCUGCAUCAGCCAAUAAGGGGCUCAACUGCAUCCAGCCCAGACAGAGACCGUCUGCCUUCAGGCCAUGGUCUCCAAACAUCUCUGUUGGCGAUAAGGAGGGAGGCAGCAGACCUACUAGCAUGUUACGUGACAGCUUCUACAACUACAAGAGCCUGGAGAGCGCCGUGGCCCCCAAUGUAGCUCUGACACCCCUCCAGAAAGGAGGGCAAGCCUCUCCUACUGCACCCAGCAGCUCACACCCGCAUGGGGCGGAAAGCGAAUGUGCCAGCCGGGGGAGGAAGAGAAGGUUGACGGGUGAGACCCACCCCAGCCCACAGCCCUGCCCCUCGGCCACUGCCAGCAAGCCUCUGCCGCCCUCACAGGAGGAGCGAGACUCAGAUGUGGAGGUGGAAGUGGAGAGCCGUGAGGAAUUCACCUCAUCGCUUUCCUCACUCUCCUCCCCAUCUUUUACAUCCUCGAGCUCUGCUAAGGACUUGAGCUCUCCCUCCGGCCCCGGAGUCACCUUACCAGCAGUUCUGACGCCAGCCAGCGGGCCCCCAGAAGGUCCUCUGGUGUCUGGAGCGGAGGGACAUGCCAUGACGAACCUGGAGUCAGAGCUGGAGACGCUGAGGCAGGCACUUGACAACGGCCUGGACUCAAAAGAGUCGAAGGAAAAGUUUCUACAUGAGAUAGUGAAGAUGAGGGUAAAACAGGAAGAGAAGCUGGGAUCUGCCUUACAGGCCAAACGAAACCUCCAGCAGGAGCUGGAGUUUCUCCGUGUUGCUAAGAAGGAGAAGCUCCGUGAGGCAACCGAGGCGAAGAGGAACCUGCGCAAGGAAAUUGAGCGUCUGCGUGCUGAAAGUGAGAGGAAAAUGAGAGAGGCCAAUGAGUCACGCAUACGGCUGAAGAGAGAGCUGGAGCAGGCCAGACAGCUACGAGUGUGUGACAAGGGCUGUGAAGCCGGCCGUCUGCGAGCCAAGUACUCUGCACAGAUUGAAGACCUGCAAGUAAAGUUGCAGCACGCCGAGGCAGACCGAGAGCAGCUGAGAGCCGAUCUGAUGCAAGAGCGGGAGGCAAGGGAGCACCUGGAGAGAGUGGUCAAGGAGCUACAGGAACAGCUGUGGCCCAAAAGCCCCAGCAAGAACGGCACAGACGCACCACCCCCACCCGCUAAAGACUCCAACUAAUCCUCUAUUUCUUGACUUUACCCAAUCCACAUCAACACCGCCCUGAUUGACAGCACCAACCGCCCAAUUAUGUCAACUAGCAUGCGGGUGAACUCCCGCCCACCUGCCUCUUAGCCAGCGUAAAUCCGGAGGUAUCCUGAACAUUUUUUGAUGAAAUUUGGACACAUUUUUGAAAAAGGUUUACUUUGAGAGGACUGAAAUGCACCUCGCCUCCAACCAGAUGUAAAAAAAAAAAGCAAGUCCAUUCGGAAAGAAGCCAAUAGCACAAAAGCUAACUGUGCCUGAAACUGAAUACAUUUUGAAAUGAAGACUUUUCUAUGACAAAAAAUUGGUAAUAAUGACGAAAAAUUUUACACAGCAAUUUUUAAGCAUGCUGUCCAGCCCACGUUGUUAUCGAAGAGACAAGGACUCAUCAUCAUCCCAUCAUUUCCUCUCACGUUUUGAGGAACUAAGAUGAAAAUCACUUUGUAAUAAGCUAUUUAAGAGACUUGUUAGUGAGUGUGUAUGAGAUAAAAACUUCAGUGACUUAUCAAAGCCUCAGAUUUACCCCCUUUUACUUGUACAUACAUGUUAUGCUGGUUAAAAGAAGACAUGGAGACGAAUGGUUACACACACUAUCUUUAACAAUGGUAAAGAGAUACUGGUCAGGAGAGCGUUGAAGGGCUUUGGAGAGCUAGAGGUGGAGAAGUUCAGCCCUGUUGAAAGGGAGAGAUAUUUGUAUUCAAGUAAGUGUUAUGAUCAAGCCAGAGCACUUUCUUUUAAUGGCAAACAAAUGCUCCCCUCACAAGCUGUCGUGUGAAACGCCACAAGUGCGCUUGAGGGUCAAAACCUGUCGGCGAAUCUUAAGAUCGUGGUCAGUGUGGAAUCGGAGGUUUGUGGCUCCUGCUCUCCGUGAGGGUUUGGGUUUCUUCUCAUCACACACACGUACAGCUUCUCCGUGGGCUGAGAUGCUGACAACCGGCCCGGCUGAGAACGUGGGCGGCCGUUUUUGGGAAUAAACUAAAAGCAUAAAAAACACGCCUUCUAGGGCAGGAGGUGUCAUGUGAUCAAGAACCACAAAUUGUUCUUUUUAAGUAAAUUAUAAUAUGUAAAUAUGAAAAUGUUUCUUUUUCCUUUUCGCUUUGUUUUUUUUUACUUUACAAUAAUGAAUCGCACUUGGUCAUUACAAAAUACUGUCUAAAUGCAUUACGCUCCCACACUCUCCCACACAUUUAUCUCAGAGUUUUUAGUAUUCCUAAGUAUACAAUUGAAAUAAAUAUUUUGUUAAUUUUAUGCAGUUCUAAUAAAUGCAAUGUAAUCAUGUGUUUAAGACAAACUAUUGUAAAUAAAACCGCAAGAAU